AUGCAGCUGACUGUGAAGGCGCUCCAGGGCCGCGAGUGCAACCUGCAGGUGCCGGAGGACGAGCAGGUGUCCACGCUUAAGCAGCUGGUCUCCGAGAAGCUGAACGUCCCCGUGCGCCAGCAAAGGCUGCUGUUCAAGGGCAAGGCCCUGGCAGAUGGGAAACGACUGUCGGAUUACAGCAUCGGACCCAAUUCCAAGCUGAACCUAGUGGUCAAACCUCUGGAGAAGGUGUUACUGGCGGAGGGCACUGCCCGGAGACUGGCCGACUCACCACCCCCGCCCGUCUGGCAUCUGAUCUCCAAAGUCCUGGCCCGCCACUUCAGCGCAGCCGAUGCCAGCAGGGUCCUGGAACAACUACAGAGGGAUUAUGAGAGGUCCCUGAGCCGCUUGACCCUGGAUGACAUCGAGCGCUUGGCCAGCCGCUUCCUGCACCCUGAAGGGACUGAGGCUAUGGAGAAGGGCCUUUCCAAAUAG